AUUCAUACAGCCUGUGUGCCAUCUGCCAGCUCAUCCCAUGCACCGGUAGGACAGCCAAUGCCCAUCUUUGCUUGAUAGUUGCCCACAACAACCCCACGCACCGGCCCACAGACAACCCCAUUGUCUCCGUUCUGGAGAUAACUCGGCGCGCAGGCAUGUCCGACAUGUCCACCUUCGACCUGCUCGUCUCAGAGCUCACUCGCGACGCGCAACGAGUUCAGCCCAAAGACGCCCUCCAGUUCUGCGCCAAGUGGUUUCAGUCCCGUCUCGAGGAGCAACGUGCUCGCACCCGCGACGCACUUGCCCGACAUCCCUCGUUCGCCGUAGCCCUACCACAGGACCACUACAUGGAUACCCUGCUCUCUCCCACGGCCGGAUCUCCCGGCGGUCCCACCAGUAUAUCCCCCUUCUCCCACUCCUUCCCUCAGCAGCGCUCCUCCCUCCAGAACUCCAUGUCCAACAACAGCCCCUUUGGAACACUGAAUGUCCCGGGGAACGCCCUGCUGGACAACGGCUCCCGUACUCUUACCCCAGUGAGCCCCCCUAGCUUCCAGCUCGAGGGCGAGGACAUCACCCCAGCCACCCCCAUAUCCAAUCCGAAUCCCUUCGCUUCCUUUGCAAACGGUUCCAUCUCCCCGAGCCCUGGCGAAUUCCUCCACCCUCCUACUGCUACAAUUCUUGCGCGCCGCACCUCUGUCAGCGCUGAGUCCAUCCCAGUCGACAGCGAGACGCACGAACCCCUGCCCGUCUUCCCGAAGACCGAGGACCAGCUCCAGCGCAUCCGCGCCUCGAUCGCGGCCAACUUCAUCUUCCGCGACCUCGACGAGGAGCAGGAGACCGGCGUGCUCAACGCGAUGCAAGAGUGCAAGGUCGUGACCGACGACGUCGUCAUCCGCCAAGGGGACGUCGGCGACUACUUCUACGUCGUGGAGAGCGGGCUGCUGCACUGCUACAUCCGCCCCGAGCCACUGCCUUCCAACUGGUUCACCGGGAACGUGCCCGCGUCGGAUAAGUUCAACCAGUCCGGCUACCACCCCGUUUUCGGACGGAAGGUUGCAGAGUGCCGGGAGGGCAGUUCGUUCGGCGAGCUCGCGCUCAUGUAUGGGCACCCUCGUGCGGCGACGGUGCUCGCGAUCGAGCCGUGCACGCUGUGGUCGCUCGACCGCAUCACGUUCCGCACGAUCAUCCUCAAGGCGGCCCACAGGCGGCGGACAAUGUACGAGCAGUUCCUCUCCUCGGUCGACCUGCUCGCGUCGCUCGAACCCGAGGAACGCAGCAAGGUCGCGGACGCGCUCGUCAGCCGCGUGUACGAGGACGGCGAGGCGGUGGUGCGGCAAGGCGAGAUGGGUGACACGUUCUUCUUUGUGGAGGAAGGGAACGCUGUCGUGACAAAAGUUCGGAACGGUGGACCAGAGGUAGUCGGCCACCUCAAGAAGGGCGACUACUUCGGCGAGCUGUCGUUGCUUCGGCUCGAACCACGCGCUGCGACGGUGAGUGCAGUGGUGCGGGCGGAUCCGGGCGCACCUCGGUUGAAGGUAGCUGCGUUGGACGCGCAUGCGUUCACCCGUUUGCUUGGGCCUCUGCGGGAGAUCAUGGAACGGAAUGCUGGACGGAGCUACGGAAUCCAUUGAAGAUACCCCUGCGAACUCUCUACUGUCUUGUUAUCGCGUGUCGAGUGUACUACUGCAGGUUAUGUUGUGUGUUCUGCUUGCUCUGUAGCUUAUGUAUGUACAUAGAUGCAUGGGGGUCUCGCGAGUACGGGGCGCCUAAUGAGAUUAUCUU